AUGGCGGGGUCCCAGGUGGCAGGGCCCAACGAACAUCUGUCGGACUGCGAGGAAGCCAGUGCCAGUCCUGGCUUGGAGGCUGCCCCUAAAACCAGCCCAGGCGACCACCAGCCCGCCGCCCACCCCCGCUCCAGGGUGACCAAGCCAUUCCACCAGUUCCAAGUGACGUCAUUUCUUGGGGACCCCCUCAGGGGAGCCAAAAAUACUCCACUCCUGCAACCACAGUUCUUCAAGCGGUUGUAUUUUGUUUCAAUUCUCUUGAUUUUUACCCCUCAGCCAUUCCUGGCUUUCCAAGUUUCCUCCUCUGAGGCCUCCUUCCCCGGUUUUGGAUCGGGGCGUAACUCGGCCGAAGAAAGAGGCGACUUCCUCCCCGACUGCCGCGACCCUGAAGCUGGCUCUGCCUUCCACUUCCAAGACGGAAUCGAGGAUGAGAUUAGGUUGGGGGGGGGCGUCAUCCUCGGGACCCUCAUCCUGGUGGUCAUCGGGGGCAACGUGGUGGUCUGCUUGGCCGUGGGCCUUGACCGGAGGCUCCACAGCCCGACCAACUGCUUCACCGUGUCCCUGGCGGUGACGGACCUGCUGCUGGGCAUCCUGGUGCUGCCCCUGUCCGCCAUCUCGGAGCUGCGCCGGACCUGGCUCUUCAGCCGCACCCUCUGUGACAUCCACACCAGCCUGGACGUCAUGCUGUGCACGACCUCCAUCCUCAACCUCUUCAUGAUCAGCCUGGACCGCUACUACGCCAUCACCGCCCCCCUCCGCUAUCCCGCGCUGGUCACGCCUUCCCGGGUGGGCACGGCCCUGGCAGGGAUCUGGACCGUGUCCCUCCUGUUCUCCUUCCUGCCCAUCCACCUGGGCUGGAACGCCCAGGACGCCCCGACGGCCACCUCCUAUCCCCCCCAGUGCAAACUGCAGGUCAACAAGGCCUACGGGCUGGUGGACGCCCUGGUCACCUUCUACAUCCCUCUGUUGGUCAUGGGCACCACUUAUUAUCGCAUCUUCAAGAUCGCCCGCGAGCAAGCCAAGAGGAUCAACCAGGCCAGGGGCUGGUGGCAGGGCCCUAGGCCUGGCUCGCCCGCCGCCAAGGAGCACAAAGCCACGGUCACGCUGGCGGCCGUGAUGGGGACCUUCAUCGUCUGCUGGUUCCCGUACUUCACCGUGUUCGUCUACCGGGGAGUGAAGGGGGACGAGGCCGUCGACAAGACCCUCGAGGCCGUGGUCCUGUGGCUCGGCUAUGCCAACUCGGCCCUCAACCCCCUCCUGUAUGCCGCCCUCAACAGAGACUUCCGCGCGGCCUACCGCCGCCUAUUAUCCUGCCACAGGGCCCGGACCUCAGCCCACCUCGAGUCCAGUGGCUGGAGGGAGAAGAGGUCACCCGGACUGCUGGUGAGAAUUGAAGCGGAGACCUCACUCGGCCCGGGACCCCCAGACAGGAAGGCUGUCCGGCCCUGGGCCCCAGCUCCCGACAACAUCCUCUCCUGCUGCAAGGGCUGGUGGAGAUCUGAUCUGCCUCUGCAGGGGACAGCGAAGGUCCCGGGGGCGGUUAUUUCGACGACCACGACAGUGACGACAGCGACAGGGGAGGAGGGUCUGCUGCAGCCUUCCUGCAGCCACUGGCCUCCAUCCGCGACCGCCCGGAACCCGCCCGGAAUCCCGUGUCCAUUCCCGGGUACCCCAGAUGUUGUGGCUCUGAGCCCCCCAAUGCCCUGAGGGACCGAAGCCCUCCAUACAGUGUGCAGGGGUGAGGGAGAUACUGGCGUGGGCUCUGGGUUCCAGGCCGCACUCUUCGAGGGCUCAGCUUGGACCUUCAGGCACACAGGGGCAGAGGUGGGGCUCUGCCCGAGGGACGGCCCCCGUCAAACACACUCCCCCCUGCUCCUCCUCCUCCUCCUUCCCAGCCCCCACCAAAGACAUCUUCUAGACUGUAA